AUUCUGUUGUUUUCCUCAGUGCAACAAACGUGGAUAAACGGUUUCGGCACGGGCACCAAUGGAGCGAUUUUGCUUAAUAGUGGUAUUUUCCGGGAUUUUCCUGGGAUUUGCGGCAGCCGAAGAAGCGAAGCAAAGUGCAAAUUAUUCAAUCGCUGGUCUGCCAAUGUUGAAGAACAAGCAUUUGAACAUCAGACCAGGUCACGUCGUCUACACAAUGUCAAGCACGGAAGAGGGCAAACUGCUCGCCAUUCUGCAGCCGUACGUGACGAUGCUCGAGGCGGUUUUGGAGCAGUAUUUCAAGUCGGACGCCGAUGCCGCCGUUCUCUUCCGCCUCCUGGGCACCCUGGGACGCCACGUGAUCGUCAAGGGCGACGUGGCGGAAGUGAGACCGGCGCUCGUCAAGGAGUCCGUCAGCUUCAUGCGUGAAUACAACAAAUUCGCCAGGUGGCUCAGUGAUCAUUACAACGACGCCUCGCUUCUGCCCGUGGCUGACAUCAUGAACCGCGUAUUUGCCUCCAGGUUUGGAAAACGCAUGAAGAUAAUCGAAACUGAGAUGAAAAGACUUGGCCAGCAAGACGCGUGGGACGAGUUGAUGAAGGUGUGGAACACCGUGAAUGCAUCAGACACCGAGAAACUCUUUGCCAUGUCCACGGAAGAGCUCAGGUCAUUGGACAAAUUCCUGGACAAGACGAAAACACUGGCCAUGGAGCACAAAUCCUUCGAAUUGCUGUACCAGACUCAAGUCGUCGAGUCGUUGGCCGACUUGGCAAGGAGCAUGACUGCGAGGAUUCAACCCAGCCUAGGAGCGUCACCUGCCACCAAAUUCCGGCGAAACCACCUGCAACCUCAGCUGGCUGGUCUGUUUGGUCAAGCAGAUGUCACUACAACCGAUGCGGGAAUAAUGACCACUAAGACAGUUGAUUUGUCAGCCUGCACAUGCAGCAAAUCCCCCGAAGAUAGAGAUGCUAGAGAAGCAGUAGAUGAAGCAGAAGCUAACUCUACUACAAGUACCAGCACCGCAUCUCCAAAACCCAAAAGAAAACGCCAUGACCAGCAAUCAAGCAAAUCAACGCAGAAAAAAGAACAAAACACCAAGAAAAAGCGUUCAGAAAACAGCUCCGCAAGUGAAGAAAGUGACAAAGGGAAGAACAAGUCAAAGUCGAAGAAGGACGAGAAUAACAAGAGCAAGAAGGAGGAGAAAAAUAGGGGCAAGGCCUAAACUGAAAAUCAUGUGCAAUAAUUCUAGGACAGUCUUCAAUCGAGAGCGAAAACAAACCUUGAUCCGGAUGGAAUUGAAUCUUGAGAGCAGUGACAUCUGUUUGAUACAACAACAAAAACAACGACUCUGUAACAACAGCAAUUCCUAGAGUGUCGCUAAUGCAUGCGAACUUCGAGAGUUGUGAAAAUAUAGUUCACUGAAUUCUAACAAA